UCGCAAUGUCAAGGAGCUUGUGAUCAAGGUUCAGCAGGAUGAAUGACCGGAUUGGAAACGUUUUCGCUGCUCUCUUCCUAUGUGUCCUGCAUACAGUGCGAGCUCAAACUGCCAGCAGUGGUUGUGAUGCUGGCUCUUUCUGCUGCACCUUGCCGCCAUGUCGCUGUGGGACUUACGUAACUUGUUUGGCCAACACCAACUGCCUCAGUGCUGUCUGCGAGAUUUGCCCUCCAGGAUCGUACUGCACGUGCGAAGCAGCAUGUCCGAAAUCGCUGACGUCGACGCCGAGCAAUCUCAUCAGGGUCUGCCCUUCGGGAUACUAUUGCCCCAUGUUCUCCGGCCGUCCAACACCGUGCCCAGCCGGGACAUACGGUGACAAGACAGGGUUGAAGGCUUUGGAAGAUUGCAAGAAAUGCCAACUGCUGCUUGACUCAAGUGAAGGCUCGUCAAAGUGCAAGUUGUCGAACGCCGGGAUUGCAGUCAUCUGCGCCUCAUGUGGAGGGUCACUUGUCAUUGGACUGUUGUGUUACGUCGGAAUGCAUUGGAGGAGGCUGCGGGCAAGGCAAGCAGAGUCAAGAUUCCUUGAGUCCACUGGUCCGCAACUCAAACCACCAGCCAACUUCUCGCCGAUGGAGAGCUACGGCACCGAUGACGACACGUCAUCAGACCGACUGUACCCCGGGGACUCCAUGGAGCCAACGGCUCCGAUAGCCAAAGUCUUGAGUGCAGAUGAGAGGAGGGAGCAGCUAAGAAGGAGGAUGGAAGAGCUUGAACGGCAAGAAUCGAUCAAGGCAGUUGCGAAGGGCAAGGUCCAAGACAAGGCCCGAGAGAGCCUGAUAGAAGACAAUAGGAUGCAAGCAAGAGUCGGGAAAGCAUCACAAGGGAAGAAAAGCUUGUUCGGAAAGGAUAAGAAGAAGCAUGAUGAUGAAGUCAACAUAGAAGUCUGCGUAUGAUUCCUCAACGCGAUGUUUUCUUCAUCUUCGUUUGACUUUUUCGCUUAACUUCUCUCACUGUGGGAGACGCUUUCUGUACAAUAUGUGUCCUUGCCUUUAGAAACAUCUAUAUACCUCUGAAUUCACUUUAUUAUGCACAUUUCUUCUA